AUGACUUCCGCAAACUUACAGUCUUCAUCACCCGUCCCACAAGAAACUCUUCAUAAAGCCGCUUUAGGUGGUCAAGUCCUGAUAAAAAAUUGGCAAGCGUGCGCUGAUUACCAUAAUUUGACCCCGUUCGUACGGCGUUACGUCAAAAAAUUGUAUCAGAUGUGCCAUGGUUUGAAACCCAAUCUCCAGGUUAGCAAACAGGUGACUCUCGCCGAGCCACGAGAACGGGACUCAAUGGGUAAGGCGGUGCCAUAUGGUGUAAUAAUCACGAGAGUUAUACAAUGGUGGUACAAUAAUUGUUAGAAUGAUUUACAGUAUUAAAGCAAUUACUACGUAAUUCGACAUGAGAUUUAAACUUUAAUUUUACAUUGACUUCCAUGAAGUCCAACAAAGAUUCAGGCAAGAGGCAGCUAAUAAGGAACAGAUCGAUACGUGUUCGAUAUCCAAGUGAUUUCUAAUAAUGAGGGAUACUAUUUUGUAUUUGUGUCAUGAAAUAAAAAGAGAAUUAAUGACGAUAUACCCUGAUUCUGUGUAAUUCAUCGCCAUUCUUCAUUACUGUGUUCCUAUGACAACAACGGACACAAGAAUUCUAAACCCCUCGAGCUAUAAAAAGAAAUUCUUAUCCAAUCCUCCAGAGUGGAAAAGUACUCAACAGAACAACAGAAAACAGAGUUAUGUUUUGAUGAGAGAGAAACACACAAUUUUGUACGUAGACAAACCAAUUUUAGAUAAAGGAAAAUGUCGUCUACUAAUUUGACACGCCAAUCUGUAAAGACGGCGCGUACUCAAUCAAUUGAUGCCCAAAAUGUGCUUCAAGGAUUUAAAAUUUUACCGACUGAACAGACGUCCUCCAGAUCUGGCUCACGCUGCAGUCAACCUUCGAAAGCCAAAACAGCUCCCUGUGAUACUUUGAUUGCAACGC